AUGCAAGAAAUGGAAACAACCUCAAUGGAAACUCGACAACUUCAUUCAAGUCAACAAGAAGCGAUGAAGAAAAUAGCUGAAUUUUCAGGGGAAGCUAAUGAAACUGAUAUUGAUGAAUGGUUAUUCGAUUUAAAUAAUUUAUUGUCUUUAAUGAAAUUAAAAGAUGAAACAAGAAUUCUCGAAACGAUGAGCAAAUUAGCAGGACCAGCAUUACGAUGGUAUCAAGACAAUUUACGGUUAUUCACCAAUUGGAGUGAUGCUGAAAAAGCAUUACGAGAUCGAUUUAAAGAAUUUACAUCAGACAGUCAAUUAAUACAAGAAUUUUUUUAUAUUCAUCAAGAAGAUAGCCAAUCUGUUAUAUCAUUUUAUGAGAAUGUUAUUCGAAAAUAUAGAAAGUUUCAACAAUUUAUUACUGAACAACAAGUUAUUACGGUAUUACAGAAUGGUGUUAAAACUUCAUUAAAAGAACAUUUAAUUCGUAAUGAAAAAGAAAUAAAAAAACCAGAACAAUGGUUACAAGUUGCUAGAGAAGAAGAAUAUGUAAAAAAACGACUUCAACAAAAAAUUAAUGUUCCACAUCAUGAACCAAAAAAUCCACCGUUUUUUGAACAUACAUUACCAACAGCAACAAUUCAACCAACAUCAACAAAUGUUCACUCAUCAAAUCAACAACCAUUGACGUCACGUCAUUAUUAUAAAAAACAACAUCUACAACACUCAACAUCAACACGUAAUCGAACAUAUCCAACACAAAAUAAUUAUAUGACUCUUAACCAAAAUCAAAAAACUUAUGCAAAAAAGGAAACUCAACAAUCAACUCCAUCACUCAUUGAUACUGGAUCGGCCAUCACUAUUAUACAUCAACAACUAUUAAAUGAUAUACCACAUGAAAAAUUAAUACCAAAAACAAUAAAUCAUAUAUCUGCAAGUUGCUCAACAUUAGAUAUUGUUGGUGAAAUACCUUUAGAAAUAAAUGUUAAUGGAAUAAAAACAACAAUUAUUGCUGAUGUUACAACAAAUCUUGUUACAAAUUUAAUAUUAGGUAGUGAUUGGAUUCAAUCAAACAACGUUUAUAUCCUUACACCGGAACAAUGA